GAGAAAGUACAUCGCCGGUGCUUCAACGUCUGUUUCGAGCACCAUUGGCACUUUCGUCUUGUAGAUUGCCAACCUUUUGGAACGGCCUUUUGCCGCUUCCACCUCUCCUCCACCUUGUUCCCGAUAAUACCUCUUCCCAAGAGUACCACCCAACCCCACCGCCACUAUGCACAUCAAGGAGAUGCUCGCCGACGCCGAGCGCGACGGCCAGCCCUCCUUCUCUUUCGAGUACUUCCCUCCCAAGACAGCCCAGGGUGUCCAGAAUCUCUACGACCGCAUGGACCGCAUGUACAACUUUGGCCCCAAGUUCAUCGACAUCACCUGGGGUGCCGGCGGUAGGAUCGCCGAGCUCACCUGCGAGAUGGUCACGCAGGCUCAGAGCGUCUAUGGUCUCGAGACAUGCAUGCACCUGACCUGCACCGAUAUGGGCCUCGAGAAGGUCAACGACGCCCUCCGCAAGGGGUAUAAAGCCGGCUGCACAAACAUCCUCGCUCUCCGCGGCGACCCUCCGCGUGAAAAGGAGAAGUGGGUCGCCGCCGACGGCGGUUUCGAAUAUGCUCGUGACCUCGUCAAGCACAUUCGUGCCACAUACCACGAUCACUUCGACAUUGGUGUUGCUGGCUACCCCGAGGCUGCGAUGACAACAAGGACGAGGAGUCUCUGCUCGACCACCUCAAGGAGAAGGUUGACAUGGGUGCCACCUUUAUUGUGACCCAGAUGUUCUACGACGCCGACAACUUUUGU